AAAACAAAGUUUACAAGUGCUUUGGACAUACCUGCGGAGUUUGUAGCAAAGAAUGUGAAAUUGCGGGGGAAAUUGCAUCACGUAACUGAGAAAGGCCUGGCAGUGGAGCACAUUCCCAUUAGCAUUCCUUUCGUUACGUCGAUACAGAGGAAGUGUGGCCUGCUGCUGGUGAGGCUUGCUGGCGUGGAGCUGGCUCCGAGCGGCGUGGCCUGGUUGCGGCGAGAGUUGAAACCCAAACAAGUGAUAUGGUUCCAGCUUCUCGGAAGGGAGGACUUGGCACUUGAGUGCCUUGUUUUACUAAAUAAGGGUCGAUUUCUCAGCGUGUGCUUGAAUGAAGAGAUCCUGAGAGAGGGGCUUGGCAGAGCAGCACGUAUUGAAGGACUGCAUCACGAUUCCCGCCUGUACUGGAAACUUCAUCGAAGACUCCUUCGGGCAGAGUUAAAGGCCUUGAAGAAAAACAAAGGAAUAUGGAAAGAGGAAAGCUACUCUGAAAGAAUUAGAGAUCGUAUAAGCAACAACAAAUUU